UCUGAGGUUGCUGACAUUGGGGCUCCCAUGUCAGUGCCAGACAUGGAACUAAGCAUUGAGCAUCACAUAGCAUUAAAAUUAAGUGCAAGCCUUAUGCAAGGACAUGGAGCAGUGGAUCGUCUCCUUGAUGGGUUUCGCAAUGCUUCUGAGAACCAAACGGAUAAUGAUGUUGAAGGAGCAGAACGCGAAGAUGCCCGAAGUGAUGGUUCGUUGAUGCUUCCUGAAUAUUUCUUUAAUAUAACUUCAUGAUCUUUUUGACAGCUGUAACAAGAUACAGACUUGGACCUACAACGGUUUAUCAACUCGAGAAUUAUGUCGUCAAUGAACUAUUCCAAUACUAUCGAACUGACCCCAGGUUUCAAGUAUCACAUAUACUCGAUUUCACUUCCCCCCUUCCGAAAGUGACUAGCUCAGCAGAGCAAGUUCGGUGGGUCAUCCUGAACAGUCGGCGUCUCGUGCCAACAAGAAAUGCUCGAGCUGGUCGUACUUCACCAGCUCGCUCUGCUUUGGUGAAAGCAACUAUCAAUGGCGAAGCCUGGUUUGGCGAAAUCCUGGAGUUGUUCUUACAUUCGCAAAACAUCGGUAACCCCAUGACUUUUGCAUAUGUAAGAUGGAUGGUCGAGUACACAGUUGACGGACAACUUGGUGUUCCAACAACAUCAGACUACUGGGACGACUACCUGGAUCAGCUCCACGUGAAUACUUUUGUAUUCAAUCGGUAUCAUGGGAAUAGCACACACGACCCACCACAGGUGAUUCCGAUAGACUGGAUCGAUUGCCAGAUUGCCCGCAUGCACUGGCCUAUGCAAGAGGUGUGGAUGACUAUCACUCUCGACCGGCAUGGUAUCACAGCUUGAUAUAGCGCCUGAGUUUCGGUGCCACACCUGGCACACUCCCCUUGCACCGACCGCUCCUGAUGGCUGUUUCCCCCCCUAGUUCCCCCUAGUACCUACCAUACCAUUCAAGUCAUUCACGUCAAAGAUGUCAUUUUUUUUGCAGA